AUGAUAUUUGCUCCUACAAGUCCUACUUCUGGUCUAUAUUUGUCGCCUAUUUCCUAUCGCCCUGGUUCACCAUGUUCAUCAGCGACCUCGCUUUCAACGCCUGAGUUUGCAACGCCCACCCUGACAUUCCCUGAUACCACAGAUACCUUGAAACCACCCAUUCCAACUACUGCGAAGCCUUUGUUCGAGAAAAGGGGUCGCAAACCCCGCUUCCAGAAACGUUCUUUCUCGUCUUCUCCUCAACCACCCCUUCGUCUCAAGGUACCCCUACCACCGACGACUAACACGCUUGACGCCAACGAGCGAGCUGACCUCAUACGGAGAAAUCGCAAGUUGGCGCAACUGUUAGGACAAACCCCGGCUAUUGAAACGGCUGCGUCUGAAGUAGAGGAAUCACGCCUACUUAAGAUGCUACCACAGCCCCCUUUCUCUGCUUUGCUGGGAUCAUCGAAGCAGAAGCAUCAUCGUCAUGCAAUGUCUGUAUCUGUUGCCGUAAAGGCCCCCGGCUUCAAAUCGGAACCGUCAUCGUCAUGGCAAGUUAUAGACUACCCAUCAACACAGAAUGGUCGCAGAUAUUCCACUCCCUACACUCCACGUAGCUUUACCUUUUACUUGGAUGAUUCACCGGAGCCAUCAGCCACUCGCGAUCAUCACGGCUCGUACCGCCAUAGGGAUCCGCAGCACCAACAUGGUUCCUCAACUUCUUUCAUUGAUCUUUCAGACGAAGAUAAUUCAAAUGAUGCUUCGGACGCGAUCAGUUUAGAAAUGCCGGACACGGCAAAUAGUCGCCGAAUCUUCCAUCAUUCAUCCUCGACACCAUCUGUCGUGGAGGCGUUUACGCCCGAGGAACAAGCCGAAGCCGAGAGAAGAAGAAAGCGUGACAAACUGGCUAAACUCCACCGUUUUCUCGGCUCACGCGUCCCUACGGACUUAGUCAUUGGUCAUAUACCUGGUCCGUCUUUACCUCCAUCGUCGAUGCCUGUGGACGGCCGCGAUAUGUGGCUUUACAGGCGAAGGAGUGGUUCAUCUGCCCCAUCGUUUGAGCGUAUCAAGACAGAGCUCGACGAUGAGGAGAAGGCUGUGAAUGUCAGGCGUGCUCAGAAGAUGGAAAAACUUUUUGGUAUCCCCCCUCCGCAAACGUUGUACCAUACUCGUCAAGUUCCUGAAACAGUGGCCCGCUCUCAACCGGUAUCCCCUGUAGCGUCGCUUAUGACCCCAACUUAUGUACCCGCCAAUGCUCCUGGUUUCUCCCGGCGUAAUCCAAACCAGUCCGCAUACAUGAAGGGGAAGAAAUUGCAUCGUCCAGGAACUUCGGAUUCAACCACGUUCCUACUUCCCUUCAAGCGUUCCAGCUCUCCGGAGCCUGCUCAGACGUCGGACUAUGCGGCCACGCUCGCACAAUCUUCUGUGUACAUGAACUAUCAACAUUCUAUCGCAUCGCUGACAGACAUCAUUGAACGAGAUGACAGGGCGUCUCUUGCGGAGCUUCAUCGGUUCCUCCAUGGUGAUUUAGUAGAAGUGGAAUCUCCAAUUGAGGAUCAGCCCUUGCUAGAAUCUCGUAGGAUUUCCAGCUCGUCAUAUUCGUUUAAGUCGGAACGUAGACUUUCGUUACCAACGCGGGCAUCCAUGGCCUCGUCGAUAACUACUGAACUACCUAUGGCAUCGCCCAGGGAGUCAUCUGACUUCCAGUUGCGCAGGCGAAGAGCUGCCAAAUUGACGCAUUUCUUCGGCGUAGAUUAUCGUGAGCUUAUUCAUGAUAUUUUGGAAAGCAUUGAGAAGGGCGUUGAAGAGGAAAGGAAGAGAGGGACGCUUCUUCCCGAGGAAGUUGAAGUGAGUUCAAUCAUGUUUCAUGAGGUCAUCCACUCAAUGUUUUCUUGGCACGCUAGUCUUUGCUGCAUAAGCUUCACAAUCUUCGGACAAGACAGGAUGGGUUUUGCUGAUGAUCAGUACUAUUACACUCUUUUACUUGUUUUAAAUUUGAUGUCGCUUUGUUGUGUGAUUUUUAUCCAGUUUAUGUAA